UGUCAUUUGCCUUUUCUUUUUGAGACCGCCGUGGAAUGUUCUUCCUGCCCUUUAAAUUAAAUGCCCACCAAACUUUGCUAUGAUGAAUUUGUACCAUUCAAACAUGAUGAUGAUGAUGACGACAAGUUCUAGGGAAGAAGACGACGACGAGGGAAGAGAAGAUAUGUUUGAUCGCUUACCAGAUGCCUUGCUUCAUAUGAUACUUGAGAAUGUACGCGACGCCAGAUCUCUUUCCCGAUGCCUUUGCGUUUCCAAGAGAUUCGCCUCCUUUGUACCACAGAUUGAUUCAGUUUCUCUCGCAAUCGUCCGUAGGAAUCGAGAUCCGCAGCAACAAUUGGAUUCUCAGGCUAAGAAAGCAGCUGCUGAUGGAGUUGGAGGUGGAGGAACGGGGAAAUACUUUAAGAGACUGUUUCAGAGGACGGUUGCUAGACCUGUGCAGUUUCUUCUCCGCGUUUUCAACAAAAAAUCUUCGCGAGGAGGAGGCGAUGAUUGCGAAUUUGAAUACUGUUCGCUACAGGAAGGAUUGAGAAAUUUCUCGGCAAUUAAAUCCCUAGAAAUCGAGCUCCCACGCAAUGGAGGCGAAAUUGGAUCUGGAAACGACGGUUAUCCACUCCUCAGGUGGAGGGCGGAAUUCGGGAGCGAACUCGAAGGCUGUGUGAUUCUCGGAGCGAAAUCCUUCAACAAAACAUUGAGAGAGUUCAAAUCGGAGGAACAAGUAGAUCCAAGUCCAACGCCGUCACAAUCGCAAACUGACUUUCCUCUAGCCGACGAGGAUCUAAAACUGAGAGUUGUAUGGACAAUCUCAUGCCUCAUCGCGGCGUCAGCCAGACAUCACCUAUUGCAGCAGGUUGUUUCCGAUCACAAGAAGCUAAGGAGCGUGGUGGUCAGCGACGCCAUUCGACAGGGAAAGCUGAGCAUGAAAGAGAAACAAAUAGAAAAGAUGAGGAGAAGCAUAUCGAAUCCCGAUGAUCCGUCAGAUACAGUUGAUCAAACAGCGGAGAGAUCAAGGAUCCCGGCGCUGAAAAUGAAGCUCUGGUAUGUUCCAGAGCUGGAAUUACCAUUGUCGGGAGAAAGAAUGGAAGGAGCAACUCUGGUCGUGAUCCGUCCGAGCGACGAUAAUGGAAAGAAGGCGGAUAGCGACGGGGAGAUGGUAGCUAGGGUUUUGGGAGACGCAAUGGAUGACAGAAAAUUGGGAGAAGCGGUAAAGAUCAUGAUGAACCUCAAGAGGACGUACACUCUCGAGAUGAACUCUUUCUGAGUUUUUUUUUUAUCUUUAUUAUUUUCCUUGCUUAAAAAAAUAAUUUAUUUCAAUUCUAUU